AAGUAUACGUAGGAAAUUAUGGUGUAUACUUUGAAAAUUGCUUGACAAGUAAAUUUCUUGACAGUUUUCAUAAUACUUUUUCCAAUGGGUGUAUACAUAAUAUAAUAUUUUAUUUUAAAAUGGAUAAUCUUGAGUUUGAAAUGCUAAAAGCACUAUAUGAUUUUCAAGCGGUGUAUCCCAAAACAAUAAGUUUUGAGGAAGGUGAAUAUUUCAUUUUAUAUCAAACUUCAGCGAGGCAAAGAAAUUGGUGGCAAGUAGUUAGUAUCAAAGGAAACUUAGGCUUUGUUCCUUCCAACUAUGUCAAAAAAAUCAAGGUUGAACCAGAAUUUUUAUUUAGUUUCCUUGACUCAAGUAUAGAGAGCCUUAAACAGUCGAAGGAAACUGAAAUUAAUGGAAUAAUGAAUAAAGAUGAACUACUUAAGAGAUUGGAAGAGAAGAAAAAUGCUGUAGAACAUUCGAUAGAGCUCUCUGAUGAUAAUGAACAAUACGAAUCACCACAAAGAGAAAUGGAAAAUAAACGAGCACAAAGUCCUUCAAAAAAACUAGAGUCAAAUAGAAAAUCUAUGUCAAGUCCUGCAAUGUCCACAAAUAUUCCACCGCAAGUCAUACCAGAAAGCCCCAGUAUAAAUAUUCUUAGUACAAAGUUAAAUGAUAUAACUCAAGAUAAUAGCAUUACCUCAGAACCAUCAGAAACAACCACAACACCUACCACAACAACAACGAGUGAAGAUGUAGUUACAAUUUGUAAAGACGACAAUGCAACGCCCCAGCAAAAUGGUUCUAAUGGAAACAGUGCAAAAUCAGUUUUAAAUAACAAUGAAAUUUUUGAAGAAAUUAUUACGGAGGAAUUUGUUGACGAAGAAAAGUCAGUUGUGAAAAAUGAUCAGCAGUAUUUUGAAAAAUCUAAAAAUGAAUUGACAAAGUCGUACAGCAAUGAAAAAGUACGAAUUGAAUCGAAAUUGGUUGCGGUUGAAUCUCAAGAUGUGUAUCAAGUAGUUGAUGUGAUCAGACGAAAUACCAACUUGAGUUUCGACUUAUCCUGUGAAGCAUUGCGAGUUGUUCUUUCUAGUCUUGAAGAGUUGUUUCCAAAUGAAAUAACAACUUAUUUAGAAGCUGUAGCUGUACAUGUUGCCGAUAAACUGGAAAUUCCGAGAGAUUUUCUUGGUGUAACACACGAUGCUAAACGAUUGCAAUAUAUUUUUUCUCAAUUAGCUGAUUGUAAAAAUGAUUCAGAACAAAGAACUUGGAUGCUGUAUGAAGAUGAAGAAGAUAUUGUGCAAUUUUUGGAAGAGUUAGUUGAUAUACUGAAAAAUGCUGACGAAGCCAUAUCCUGUCACGAAAUGUCUAAUGAUCAAUAUCAAAGCUUAAUUAAUUUGGUUCAGUAUUAUCAAAUGGAAACUAGAUGGCCUAUUAAACGUCUUCUAAUCAAAGUAUUCACUGCCGCUUGUCGUUUAGAUCAUAUAAUUGUAGAUAUCUUACUUACAUCUGUUUUGCCUUUGGAAAUAGUUGAAGAUAUGAAAAAUAAUUUUUCAGACAUAGAAAAAUUUAAACAAUUUGUGAAAAUUCUUACUGUAAUUUUUUCUCUUGGUCAAAAAAUGCCUGUGACGCAUCAAGAACAACUUAAUGUUAACUUUGUAAGCUUUCUUUUCGAUAUAGUAGAAGAACAACAACAUCCAGAAGUUCUUAUAGAUUUAGUAAUAUCAUUAAUUCUAGCAUUUAAUUUACAAUUUAGUGAAUUAACGCAGAACAUAGUAAUAGAAGCAAUGCAAAAACUUUCUUCAGCUAAAACGUUCACGGAAAAAAUUCUUCUUUAUUUGAAUAGGGAAGAGGAUCCUGUUAAAAUUCUAAAGCAUUCUUCGAAUUGCAUAAACUCAGUUUUAAAAAUUUUUAUAGAUAUUUUUAGUCUUUCGGAAACUGCUAAUUUAUUUUACACAAAUGACGUUAAAGUUUUAAUAGAUAUAAUGGUCAGACAGCUUUCUGAUUUAUCAGCAGGCGAUAAACUUCGCCGAAAUUAUUUAGAACUUUGCAGAAGGAUUCUACGUAACACAAAUUACGAAGAACAUACACACCGCAAACAGGAUUUAAUGAAAAUCUUUACUCGUAUAUUUUGUGAGGAAACAGAAUGCAGUUUAACUGAUCAACAACUAGUAAGAACUAUAGCUAAUGAAUUUCCUCAAAUUUUCAAAGCAUAAGAAACAUGAUAAAGGAAAAAAAGCCAAGUAAAGAUUACCAGUUAUAAAUCCGCGUGUAACUAUGUAUAAGCAAAGGAUCUUAUAACAAAAAAUAUUUAACGAUUUAGAAAAUUUAAAGAAAUUUUACGAAAAAGUUGGUUCAUUAAUUAUUAAUUUUUUUAGUAAAAUUUAGAAAGUAAUAUGAGUGUAUGACAAUGUAUACAAAAAAAAAUUCAAGUACUAGUCUUCAAUUAUUCAACUGAAAUUAUUUUAUUAACUCUUUAUUGGCAAGUUAUUCUCUUUUAAUAACUAAUUUUUAUUUAAGUUUUAAUUUCUAAUUUUUACGUUCUAAUAAGCUAUCAAUCUUAAUAUUGAACUCAUUUCAUUAUAUAAUUGUAUAGUUCUACUCUCUUAUAAUUUACGGGUCUGUGAAAAAUUAUUUCAAAAGCGUAACUCUUACCAAGUUAUAAGAUGAUUUAAAUUUACAAAUUUAAAUGACAAUCUCAUGAUCUUUUCUGAUGAAGAAAAUUAAAGUUCAAUUUACGAAAUGUGUAAAAAAUAGAGGAGGUAAUAAUGAAAUCCAUGAAAAUGAGCAUGAAAAUCCAUGAAAAAUAUCGACUAGAUGGGAACUAUAUAUUAUUGUGUUAAUAAUAAUGUAAAUAUUGUGGAACAAUAUACUACAUAGACGAGAAGUAUUUAAUAAAUUUGAUUUUAAUAUAGAAAUUAAAAUUGAUUAAAUUUAUUUAUGUAAAUUUGAAAAAUGAAGAAAGAAGUGGUAAGGAUCAAGGAGCAAAAAGAUGAAAUUGAGUAAAAGAAAUUUUAAAAAUAAUUCUACAAAAAAUAAAAGGUAAAAAAAAUAAAAGUUAAAGAAAAUCAUAUAGAAAUAUCAGAAAAGAAAAAGAAAAAUUUAUCUGUGCAAAUAUUCUUUUUAAAUCUUCAACCAAAGAAAUUACAGAAUUUCAAAGUCGAAAUUUUCGCAAUACAGUAAGUAAGUACUAGCUCGUAACAGAGUAGUAAACUUAAGAAGGUUUAUCAGUCAAGAAUUAGAAAAUCGAAAAAUUUAAGGGAAACUAAUAAUUUGUCUUUUCCAUUCAUCAUAGAUUUGUAAUUUUUUAUAUUGUUUUUUUCGUAAUCUACGAUAUUUUAAUUUAACAAAAUACUUGCCAUUCAAAAUCCAGUUUGAUAUAGUAUAUUAAGAAAUAACUUUGAAAAGUCAUCAAAUUUGAAAUAUAUAAACUAGAUUUUUAAAAUAUUAUCGCAUAUAAAAGAAAUAAUUUAUGAUAAUUAAAUUUAUAUUGCUGAUUUUUUUUUUUAAUAAAUAUUUAAAAUAUAUAAUAACAAAAAUUUAUAAAGUACAUUUAUAUGUAGUUCAAUAAAUUUUAAGUUUAAUUUUAUAUAUUAAAAGCUAUAAUAAAUCACUUGCAAACAACAUAGAUCGAAGGUACCUACGUAAAUUUGAAAAGGCACAAGAAACCAAAAAAAAAAAAAGAAUUAAAUUUAAUAAUACAUUUUUUAUUAUACAUACGAGUACAUACAUAUUUCAAUUAAGGAAAAAUUUAAAGAAAAAUAAAUAAAUUUCAUUCCAUAUUUUGGCAUUUUAGAAUCAAUAUUAAAAAAUAAAAACUAUUAAAUGUAUUGAAUUUUUUCAACGGGGAUUUCUUUUGUUUUUUUUGCAUCGUAUGACAUAAAAUAUAACUAAAUAGAAUUAUUUCGCACAAUCUUUAUUAGAAUUAAAAAUUGUAUAGUAUUUAAAAGUAUGUAAUUUAGAGUUUUUAACAGUUUUCAUAAAUGCCACUAGUCAAAAAGUUUCUAAAUUUGUGAAAACAUUUGUAUGAAUUUUAAAUAUUUAAAAUAAUAUUGAAAUAGUUUUAAGCUUUUAUAUUUCUUAUGAUAAAAAAAAAACAAAUACAAUUUUACUCAUAUAUUAUGACUCUUUUAUCAGAAAUUCAUUAAAUCAAUAAUUUCAAUAAAAUAAUAAAAAAACAAGAAAAUAUUAAAAAUUUGGAAUUAUAUUCUGGUAUAAGCGUCUUCCAAAAAGUUACUUAAAUGAAGCUAAUAUCUUUCAGUUUUUAUUAGAAGUCAAAGUAUAAAAUUUAACUACCUCUUCUAAUUAAUAUCAGAAAAGCAUUCAAAUCAAAAUAUGUACAUAUAUUAUUAAAUUGGUGGGUCAGUUAAUAUUUUUUUACGAUAACAAUACCUUUUUUUAAAAAAACACAGAAAAAUAAAAUGAUUGAAAACGAAAACUGUGUCAGGUCAUAAUAUAAUAAAUUUGUGUAUGCCUAUUUGUAAAUAAUGCUCUCAAUUUAAUAUUUUGUUGAUUAUCAUUAAUUUUUUUUAUAUAUUCUAAAUUGUAAUAAUUAUUAUUCGGGAGCAGAGCAUUUAUCAAAUUUAUAACAAUAAGACAAACAAAAUAUAUGUAAAUUGUUUUAAGAUUUAGCCAUGACUUUAGCAAUUUUAAAGUCUGUUAGUCAUAGAAGGUGCUUUAUUAUAUUUGUUUUACAAUUUUUGAUAUUAUUUUGAAAUUUUUUUCUGAGGUAAUUAAAAGUUUUGUAAUAUGAUUUCUAAAAAAAACUUAUGAAAUUAAUAUGUACUGUUGCAACGCAAAUUGAAAAAAAAAUAAUAAAAGAUUUGAAUACUAGAACAUAAUUUCGAACUUAUAAUAAAGUUAUACGAAAUAUUUACAUAGCUUAAAAUUUAUUAAAAUUUUUAAGUCUAUUACUCUGGUAAUUUCGGAUGUCUGAGUUAUUGAUACGACUAAACCGUUUCAUCAUAAAUUUUUCAAAUUCUUCAAUUUUUCAAUAAAUGCGUAUUCAUUUUUAAAUAUGUUAUUGAAAUUAAAUUGAAAUACACUACUUACAUCCUAUUUGUAAAAUUUCAUUAAUAAGCGUAAACCGUUCCAAAUUUUAAAAAAUAUAUAGACCAUAUUUUAUGGUAAAUAAAAACUUUAAUAUUCUAAGUGUUUACUUUUAUAAGAUAAAAUAUAAAUCACCCACCUAUUAUCGAUACCAAUAUUGUUUAUGAAAGAUAUUAAUAGACUCAAAUAAAAUUAGUUUUAAUUUUUACGCUGUUAAUUUUUAUAGAUUAAAUUUUACUACCAUUUAUACAAGAUCUAAACAAAGUUUUAUAAGUACAAAGAAGAGGUAUUUGUUGUUGUUUUUAAUUUAUAGUGAUCUAUGUGUGUAAAAGCGUUUCCUAAAGCGAAUUAAAUAACUUUUCCGAAAUACAUACCAAAAGUUUAAAUAUAAUAAAUAAAUAAAAUAAGAACAAUUUUAUAUUCUAUUCAAAUUAAAAUGAAUAAACUUAAAAUUUAAAAAUAAUAUGUAAAUGAAGCUCAAAUUAUUUAUUCAAUAAACCUACAUAAUUAUUUAUUCAUUAGCUCUAUUAUUAAUUAGUUCAUUAGAGUUAAUGUUAUUUAUGUAAUAAGAAACUAGAUUAUUAUGAACAUGAGGUCGCCAAUUCUCGCCCAUUCGUAUUUGAAUUAUGUAGGUAUUUUGAAUAAAUAAAUGAAAAUUCUAUUUAAAAACUUGACAUAAACAUUAUUAAAAAUAUCAUAAUAGCCAUAAGUUUUAUUAUCGAAAAAAUAUUUAUUAAAAUAUAAUAUUAAAUUUAUUGACUUGUUAAGAAUUUUUAUGAUAUAAGCCAAUUCAUAAAUAACUGUUUACCGUUAAAAUAAAAUAUAUUUUGUCUUUUUUUUCACGUUAUUAUUUUUAAUUUUGAAUUUUUUUGCCAAAAAGUAGUACUGAAUUAAAGUAAUAAAGUUAGUAGAAGUUGGAACAUUUGUUAUUAAUAUGUAAAUCAUGUUAUAAAUAUAAGAGUUUCAGCUACAUUUAUUAUACAUAUAGAUAGGUUUUGUCAGUUUUUUAAACUGUAUAGUAGUAAUUAUUUGA